AUGGCCGUUCCCGCAGAGACCGUGGCUGUGAUUGUUUGCAUCAUCUUCCUCGUUGGGAUUGCGAUGCUCUGCUUUGGCAUCUGUUUCAUCAAGAAUACUGCCCUCAACAUGUUUCCGGAUGAAGACACGGAACUGGCAACCACGGCCCCCUCGAGGGAUGGCAUCAACGUUACUCGCGAGGAAAACGUGCGCCACUCUCUCCCCCGCUGA